UGACGGGAACCAAUGAGCUGCCAAGUCGCGCGUCUCCGGUGGGACUGGAGAGAUUGACGUGCAGGACACGUCAAAUUGAUCCCCGCACACUGCAGCCUCCCGGUCAGACGAAUUUCUUCCAAUCGGAUGAAGUUCCCCCUGGGCCCGGGGUCGCGGGCGUGGAGCGUGUGUUGGCAGCUGGAGGAGGCUGCUGGCCCGGGAGCGGGCGGGGGCGCGCUCGGCAGCGGCACCCCGCGCUUUUCCAGCCGGCGGCCGGGUCGCCGCGGCUCUCGACUCUCGCGCGCCCCCCCUCUAUGCCUCUCCCACGGCGGCGGCGCCCGAGCUCUCCCGGACUGCGGCGGGCCCAGCCCCGGCCGCCCCGGCGCCAUGGAGCAGACCUACGGCGAGGUGAACCAGCUGGGCGGCGUGUUCGUCAACGGCCGCCCCCUGCCCAAUGCCAUCCGCCUGCGCAUCGUGGAGCUGGCACAGCUGGGCAUCCGCCCGUGUGACAUCAGCCGGCAGCUCCGUGUCUCCCACGGCUGCGUGAGCAAGAUCCUGGCACGGUACAAUGAGACGGGCUCCAUCCUGCCCGGGGCCAUAGGCGGCAGCAAGCCCAGGGUCACUACGCCCAACGUGGUCAAGCACAUCCGGGACUACAAGCAGGGCGACCCGGGCAUCUUCGCCUGGGAGAUCCGCGACCGGCUGCUGGCCGACGGCGUCUGCGACAAGUACAACGUGCCCUCGGUGAGCUCCAUCAGCCGCAUCCUGCGCAACAAGAUCGGCAGUCUGGCACAGCCCGGGCCCUACGAGACCAGCAAGCAGCCGCCGCCGCAGCCCGCACUGCCCUACAACCACAUCUACCAGUACCCCUACCCCAGUCCCGUAUCGCCCACGGGCGCCAAGAUCACCGGCCACCACGGCGUCCCGGGCACGGCGGGCCACGUCAGCAUCCCGCGGUCCUGGCCCUCUGCGCACUCGGUGAGCAACAUCCUGGGCAUCCGGACAUUUAUGGAGCAAACAGGGGCCCUGACGGGGGGCGAGGCAACCUCCUAUUCCCCCAAGAUGGAAGACUGGGCCGGCGUGAACCGCACAGCCUUCCCAACCGCCCCUGCAGUGAAUGGGCUUGAGAAACCUGCCCUGGAAGCUGACAUUAAAUACACACAGUCAACUUCGGGCCUCUCGGCGGUGGGCGGCUUCCUCCCGGCCUGCGCCUACCCGGCCUCCAACCAGCACGGAGUGUACAGUGCACCCGCCGGCAGCUACCUGGCCCCAGGCCCACCCUGGCCGCCCGCUCAGGCUUCCCCCCUGGCACCCACAGUGCACAGCGGGGAGUUGGCUGCGGCGGCAAUGACCUUUAAGCACCCCAGUCGAGAAGUGACCGACAGGAAGCCCUCCAGUCCUGGCAGUAAGGCCCCUGACGGCCUCGGCAGCUUACACGGACUACCUAUCCCGGCCUCGACCUCUUAGGGGCUUCGGAGCCAGAGCCGGAGCCUGAGGGAGCGGCGCACCACUCUGCCUGCAGCCAGCCUCUGAGGACUCGCCUGGGAGGUGCGGGGCUGAAGACAGCAGGGCUCGCAGGAUCA